AUGCCGUUGGUCAAGAGUAUCUUCCAGCCCGCGCCAAAGAAGAACGACGAGUCCAGCAGCGAGUUCAACCUUGCGACGGGCUCGUCGUUCCAUCUGAAUGCCAACGACGACGACAAUGACGAUGACGACAGCACCACCAACGGCGAGGUCGAUGCGUUCAUCUCGACGGCCCGGGAGCUCUUCAAGGACGACGGCGUCGAUGAGCUGGACGACCAGGAGCUGAAGAAAUGGUUUGCGAUCCACAAGCGGCACCGCGGGAAGGCUCUCUCUGCCCUGAGCCAAACGCUGACAUGGAGAAAGAAGGAGGGCCUUGCAGGCAUCGUGGGCGAGGAUUUUGGCAGCCACAUCCAGUCCGGCAAGUGCCAGUGGAUCGGCGAGUCGAGGGAAGGCACGCCAGUGCUGAUCUGGAUCGAGUCUCGCCACGAACCACCGAAAGGAACGGCGGCAAAGGACCGCGAUACUCGAUUCUUUCUUUAUCUCAUCGAGAUGGCGAGACGGAGCAGGAUCAUGACGGACAAGAUAACUAUCAUCGUUGAUCGGACCCAGAUCACAAGCUCGCGAACGGAUGCCUUCAUGUUGACGAAUUUGAUCCCGCUCCUGACACAUCACUACCCCGACUCGCUGCUGCGGGUGCUGCUGUUUCCGACGGGACUGACUUUCUGGAUCAUGUGGAAUAUGGCGCGCAUGUUCAUGGACGCAGCCACGGUCCAGAAGGUGGUGACGUUCGACGACCCGAAGCGACUCUACGAGUUCAUCGACACACCCUUCCUGCUGGAAAAAUAUGGAGGGAAAAUGAAGGACCCCCACGAGCACAGUCUCAAGCCGAUGCACGACCACAAGGAGGGCCAGACCGAGGGCGAGGGCCAGAAGGCCGUCAAAGUCGAGGAGGUGUGGCAGGCGCCCGACUCGACCGAGGAUUUGAAUCUGAUACCGCCAAAGCAGUGA